CUUGAUUGAGCACGGUUACGCUGAAGAAAAAUACUCGGGAUCUCUCCACCAUCCGGCGGCGGUGAGCGGAGGGAUUCGAAGUGUGUCAGCAGGAACGGUACUUGGCGUGACAGACGGUGAGGGUGAGGAUGGCCGCCGCCGGCUUGUUGAGUGUUGACAGCACGUGCGCUUGUCUUUGGGGAGCCGCGGCGCGCGGGUCCCAUCCCAACACACUGGCCGAAGGGUCUUGCCUGGCGGUGUCAUGGCGCAGGCAAGGCGCUGGGUCGCUGAAUGACGGGAAUAAUGCACAUACCUUCAUUAUCUUGGCUUUGUGGAAGUUAUGGUGUCGUUGCUUCUUCCUGAGGAGCUGGAGCGGGCAUCCACGGGUAAACAUUGGAGUUGACAUCAAAUCACAACUCACCGGUAUCCGACACCUUUUGCUCAUCGCUGCUGUGUCCUACUGUGGCUCGGGCAGGUGCUUGGCGGGCCAGGUCCAAAGAAGCAAUUCACCAUUCCCCGACUAGCGCGUCAACCAAGUUUCUCACUAAGGCCCGUCGAGCGC